GGCCCGGGGCGGGGCGGCGCGGCCGGGCCGGGCAGGAAGAUGGCGAACGUGCAGCUGGAGUUCCAGGCCAGCGCGGGCGAGGCGGACCCGCAGAGCCGCCCGCUGCUCGUGCUGGGGCAGCUGCACAACCUGCACCGCCUGCCCUGGGCGCAGCUGCGGGGGAAGCUGCAGCCGCGGGUCACCGAGGAGAUCUGGCAGUCUGCUCUGAGCACGCUGAACCCCAACCCCACGGACAGCUGCCCGCUGUACCUGAACUAUGCCACGGUGGCCGCGCUGCCGUCCCGGGUCAGCCGGCACAACAGCCCCUCCGCCGCGCAGUUCGUCACCCGCCUGGUCAGGAACUGCCUGCCCGGGGGCGUCCACAGAUGCAUUGUUAUGGUGUGUGAGCGCUCCGAGGUCUUCGCCUCCGCCUGUGCCCUGGCCAGGGCCUUCCCUCUGUUCACACAUCGCUCCAGCGCCUCCAGACGCACUGAGAAGAAAACUGUGACCGUGGAAUUCUUCCUGGUUGGCCAAAACAACGGACCAAUGGAGGUGGCAACACUCAAAUGCCUGGCCAGUGCCACCGAGGGCGUCCGGCUGGCCGCGCGCAUCGUGGACACGCCGUGCAGCGAGAUGAACACUGACGCCUUCCUGGAGGAAAUCAAAAAAGUUGGCAAGGAUCUUGGGAUUACCCCUACCAUUAUCCGAGAUGAGGAGCUGAAGGAGAGAGGCUUUGGAGGUAUCUAUGGAGUUGGAAAGGCAGCUCUGCAUCCUCCAGCCCUGGCAGUUCUCAGCCACACCCCAGAUGGUGCCACACAGACCAUUGCCUGGGUGGGCAAAGGCAUUGUCUAUGACACUGGAGGACUCAGCAUCAAGGGGAAGACUACUAUGCCUGGAAUGAAGAGAGACUGUGGUGGAGCAGCUGCUAUUUUGGGUGCCUUCAAAGCCACUGUAAAGCAAGGGUUUAAGGACAAUCUUCAUGCUGUUUUUUGUCUGGCUGAGAAUGCAGUGGGACCACGUGCAACGAGACCUGAUGACAUUCAUGUUCUUUACUCUGGAAAGGUGAACGAGCUACUGGCUAUGGCGUGGCUUUGUUGCUGUCCCUGUUUGGAGGGGCCUCUGAGGACCCUCUGCUGAAGCUGGUGUCCCCCCUGGGCUGCAAUGGGGACUGUCCCCCUGAGGACAUGGAGAGGGACUCCAAGAGACGGCGCCUGGUUUGACACAGCCCCAGCCCUGGGCUUACCUCACUUUGCACUGAUCUGCUCUCAAGCAAUGAAAUGUCACACGUCAGAAAUUCCCUUUUUUUUUUUUAUUAUCAUUAUAAGAUUUAUUACUUGUUUCUGAUAAAAACAGCCUGAUGUAUUGUUUAGUUUGGUUUUUUUUAAAUUAUUGGUGCACACAGUCGCUGAACGAUAUCAGUGGUGCAGAGUCCAGGCUCGACUAACUGUAUCAGGAAGAGGCCACGUCCUCCUGAGCUCCUCACAAAACCUAACUAAGUGCAUUAAUGCAUGAGAAGCUCUCUCUAGUCUGAAGAAGCAACUGCAGCUAUUGCUUACAAAGCCUUCUGAAUUAAUUAUUAUAUGUGAGGUUUUAUCAGACAUUUCUGCAGGCAGGCCCCACUACAUCUCAGAACACAGGACAAGGAAAAAACUCUGUAGACUUGGCUUGUUCAGAGACAGUUUAGCUUAGCAGCAAAGGAGAUGUAAUGAGAAAAGGCCUAUAGGUGCUGUUUCUGCAUGUUUUAAUGUUCUUCUGACCAGUAAAAUCAGCAAGAAGGGUUCAGAACAUAUGCCUGUGUAAUUGUUUCACAUACAAAUUACAGAAUGUAUUCAUGUUAAAUGAGGAAAACAAUAGAGGGACUGUGAUUGAGUAAAAUCAGUUUACAAAGCAGAGUGGCUUCUUGCCACUUAAUAAAUUUAUUAUUAUUAAAGAAGCUUGCAUAUCCCA